UGUGAGCAUACAGCCGGGGAGGGGGCUGGACUGGACUGACGGAGAGAGGAGUGACUUUCGGCAGCAGCGGCGGUGGUGGCGGCAGGCGGGUAUGGAGGGUGUGAAACAUGGCUCACCAAGGAAAUAAAUAACGGGACCGGGACCAUAUCAUUUAAGCUAUAAAAAAAUACAAGGUAAAAAGGAAAAGAAAAAGAUAGAAAGAAAAACAGGAAGCGGAUAUUUCAAGAGUGAAGAAAAAACUGGGUUAGAGCUGCAGUCGGUGCCGCACGCUUCAGUGUUGAUGUUGGUAUUUGGCCACGAAUACCUGGCGAAAAUAGUCCCGACGUCCUAUUAUUGAGGCUCCUCUGUCCUGUGUGACCCCCCCCCCCCCCCUGCACAGAGAGGAUGGUGAUGGAGGAGGGGGACCAGAGAGACAGAGGGAGGGGGGAUCCAGCCACACCAGGGGCAGAUGGAAGGCAAAUCCUGAAUGAGAUUGCGGAGAAGAACUUUGACGCCAUUUGUCGCUCUACAUACCGAACAGCAUGCAAACUGAGAUAUGUACAAAAGAGAUGCAACUUGCAUCUGAUCGACAUUUACAACGUGAUCGAGGCGGUGCGGGACGCUGGUCUGAACGCCGUGGAGCUGAACGCUGGCAUCUCUGUGACCAGGCUGGAGAACCUGGUGUCCUCCCUGUUCAACCAGCUCAGCAAGCGCAUGCCCACCACACACACCAUCAACCCACGAGAGAGUACCGUGCUGCUGGUCGGAUUCCUCCUGGCUGCCAUCGACAGUGAUCCACACAGCCGACUGACAGUGCUCUCAGUCAAGGCGAUGCUGGCCACACUUUGCGGUGGGAAACUUGUAGAUAAACUUCGCUAUGUGUUUUCUCAGGUAUCGGACUCACACGGUGUGUUGGUAAUGUCAAAAUUUGACAAUUUUUUGAGGGAGACUCUCAAGCUGCCCACUGCUCUGCAUGAAGGACCGUCCUUUGGCUACACACACACCUUAGCGCGCUCAUGCUUUCCACAACAGAAAAGGGUGAUGCUCAACAUGUUCCUGGACAUCAUAGCUGAACCUCCUCAGUGUCUUGUCUGGCUGCCUCUCAUGCACCGCAUGGCCAAUGUAGAACACGUCAGUCAUCCAGUGACGUGCUCUUACUGUCGUGGCAACGGUAUGAUGGGCUUCCGUUAUCGCUGCCUCCGUUGCCGUGGCUACCAGCUCUGCCAGAAUUGUUUCUGGCGUGGCAACGCCAGCGGCUCUCACAGCAACCAGCAUCAGAUGAAGGAGCACUCAUCAUGGAAGUCGCCGGCGACUAAGCUGGGCCGAGCCCUGAGCAGGACUCUGGGCUGCGUAUCGUCCAGGGAGCCCCCCCACCCCGUUUACUCAGAAGAACCUGUGAGGACCCUAAACCUCUCCAACAUAGUCCCCUCUCAACCCACUGGAAACAGCAGUGAGGCCAUGUUGCUGUCUCCGUCAGUGCCAGAGUCAUCCAAGAGUCUGGCAGGGGCUCAGCGUAUGAACGAGGAACACGCUCUGAUCGCCGCCUAUGUGAAUCGCCUCCAGAGCAGCCCGCGCAGCGUGGACAGUCCCAGCAGGCAAGACGAGGAGCACAAACUGAUCGCGCGCUACGCCUCCCGACUGGCAGACACCGACAGCGCAGGAGUGAUUCCUAACCGGAGCAUCAACUUUGAUGUGAACAAACAGAAGAGGGAGCUCAUUGCUCAGCUGGAGUGUAAAAACAGAGAGAUCUUGGCAGAGAUCAAACGUCUCCGAGCAGAACAUGACGCGGCGUGCCAGCCCAGCCCGGAGAAGGGCAGCACCAACCCAACUCUGCUGGCUGAGCUUCGGCUGCUCAGACAGAGGAAAGACGAGCUGGAGCAGAGGAUGUCGUCUCUGCAAGAGAGCAGGAGGGAGCUGAUGGUACAGCUGGAGGGGCUGAUGAAGCUGCUCAAGGCGCAGGCAGCUGGCUCUUCUCACGCCUCUCCUUCUCGGCCGAGCCCGUCAACCGUCCGCUCAGUAGGCACCGCGUCUCCCCAGAUGCACAUGUCCCCCCCUCAAGACUCUUUGGCCGGGGUGGGCGGUGAUGUACAGGAGGCCUUUGCUCAAGGCCCAAGAAGAAACCUGAGGAACGACCUUCUGGUAGCAGCCGACUCCAUCACCAACACUGUGUCCUCACUGGUCAAAGAGCUCCACUCUGAUGAUGGUCGGGAGGAAGAGGAGAGGUUGCUGAACGGGAAGGACCGAGCAGGUUAAAAUGAUGGCAGAACAAACAAAAACAACAGUGUGAUGUUUCAGUUUCAUCACGGCCAAAGAAGACUGACCCUGCCGGGAUUCAAGCGUAUCUUCUAAUAUUCAUCGUUAGCCAAUUGGAGGAUUAGAGCUCCACUUGUCAAUCAACCAAUCACGAUGCUGGACACCAAAAUGACCGCUGGGUCCCUACUGAUGUAUAGCUGUGAUUCUGUGUCUGUCUUGUCACUGUGGUUUUUAACGUUUGUUUUAGAUUUGAUCGCGCGUAGCUAAACGAGGAAUCCGAAGCCUACUGAUUUGUACUGUAGCGUGUGCGCAUGUGUGUGUGUGCUCUGCGUUUUCGAGGUGCGAGAGGGACGAGCAAGUGAGAGGGACAUCGUGAAGAGACAGAAAGACGUUUUUGUGUUUUUUUUUAAAAGAAAUUUACAAAACAGAAAAGUGUAAGAAUGGAGAUACUGGAGGAUGGAGAUAGUGGAUGUGAGAGAGGAAAAAGCGAAGGAAAAACAAAAGAGGGACAGAUGUUAAAAAGAUAAG